CUGGGUUGCUAAGCAGCGAAAUUUAUGUAGUCUUUUAUUGUUGUUUUUAUAAAGAAGACGUAACGAUAAAGACGGCUGGACGUAUUUGUAUUUUUAUAUCUCAUGCUAAACUUGUAUAUGUUUGAGUCUUAAAUAAAGUUUAUUAUAGAGUUAUUGAAUGUUCUAGUUUAUUUUCCAAAUCGUGAAAAUGGCAGCGGGAUUUGUUACUUGUGGGCCCAACGAAGCUCUUGUUAUUUCAGGAUGUUGCUAUGAAAGUCCAGCAAUAGUGCCUGGUGGAACAGCAUUUGUUUGGCCCUGUAUUCAACAAGUACAAAGAAUAAACCUCAACACCAUGACUUUAAUGAUUGAGAGCCCUACAGUUUACACUCAACAAGGAGUUCCAAUAUCAGUCACUGGAAUUGCUCAGGUUAAAGUCCAAGGCCAGAAUAUGGAAAUGCUUCGAACUGCUUGUGAACAGUUUCUUGGAAAACAUGAGAAUGAAAUAAUGCACAUUGCUCGGGAAACACUCGAAGGACAUCAAAGAGCAAUCAUGGGCCAGAUGACUGUGGAGGAAAUUUAUAAAGAUCGAAAGAAGUUUUCCAAGCAAGUAUUUGAAGUGGCUUCUUCAGACUUAGUGAACAUGGGAAUAACCGUAGUGUCAUACACUAUUAAAGACAUCAAUGAUGACCAGGGCUAUCUUAAAGCUUUAGGAAUGGCUCGCACUGCACAAGUAAAAAGAGAUGCACGUAUAGGAGAAGCUGAAGCAAAGAAAGAUUCUCAAAUUAAGGAAGCUAUGGCAGAGGAAGAACAAAUGGCAGCACGUUACUUGAAUGAUACAGAGAUUGCCAAGUCUCAGAGAGACUUUGAACUGAAAAAGGCUAUUUAUGAUAUGGAAAUUAACUCAAAGAAAGCAGAAUCAGAUAUGGCAUACAGUCUGCAGGCUGCCAAAACACGGCAGAGAAUUAAGGAAGAACAGAUGGAAGUGAAAGUGGUGGAACGCACUCAAGAAAUACAGGUGCAAGAACAAGAAAUACAGCGAAGAGAGAAAGAGCUGGAAGCAACCAUAAGAAGGCCUGCUCAAGCUGAGAAAUACAGAUUGGAAAAAUUAGCUGAGGCAAACAAAAAUCGUAUCGUUAUGGAAGCAGAAGCUGAAGCAGAGGCAAUUCGUCUCAAAGGAGAAGCUGAAGCAUUCUCUGUGGAAGCUAAAGCUAAGGCAGAAGCUGAACAAAUGGCUAAAAAAGCUGAUGCUUUUAAAGAAUACAGUCAUGCAGCAAUGGUUGAUAUGAUCUUGGAAACCCUACCAAAAAUAGCAGCUGAAGUAGCAGCUCCACUUUCACAGUGUAAACGUGUUGUGAUGGUUUCAUCAGGAAAUGGAGAAGUAGGAGCCAAUAAGCUGACUGGAGACAUUUUGGAUAUUAUGGGAAAGGUGCCAGAUAUGGUCACUCAGUUAACUGGAAUUAGUAUUAACAGUUCAUUGAGGGCUACUCAAACUUCAGUGUGAAUUGAAUGAAGACAAGUAAAAGAUUGGUGUUUUGGCUCUGAUUUCUUUGUGCUACAUAUAUUUCAGACCACAGAAAUAUUUUAAUAUAACUGAAGCAUAAAAUGUUUAUAUGCUUUGUGAAUUAAAGCUCAGAUCAGUUAACUGUACCAAUGUUUUCAGGUUAUAAUCAGUAUAUUGUUUGGUUAUACUCAUAGUUUUUAAAUAACACGAUGGAAGAUUAGCAUACAGUCUGAGGCUUACAUUCCUAAACUGUUUUAUGUUGUUAUUUUUCAUCAUUUGAUACAUAAGUUUAGUUUUAAUUAACUCUUAACAAUUUUUUUAAGUAUCUCACCACUUCUCAUAAGUAUUUUCUUCAGUAUCCAGUGUUAGCUUACAUGGGAACACAACCAUUCUGAGUAUCUACGUGGUUCAAACAAAACUACAUUCCUGACAUUUUCUAUUGGCAGGUAUCCUUCCUUAAACAGGACUACAUUACUAUUGUUCUUCCUUUGACACUAUUGUAUAAUGUAUCUUCAAGGAGAAGGACAUCCUCAGUAUUCAUCUGUAACUUAACCAUUUUUGGUAAUCUUUAACAUGGAUCACACCUGAAACCCAAAGCACUUAAUUGUUUUGUAUUUCUGUAAUCACUUCAUGGUAGCUACUUUAUUAUUUUUACAAUACUUCAACACAUUUCAAUAGUUAUUUAAUCUGAAUUCUUUUUCCUGAAACCUUCCCCUUUUUAAAAUACUUGUAGACUGUCAUAGAAAGGAUAAAUGAUAUGUAAUUUUCAUAUGAUAUAAAUUUGAAUGCUUAUGUGGCACAGGAGUUGUUCAUGUAUAACUUUUUCAAUGUUCACAUGUUCCUUACCAAAAUAUCAAUGAUACUCAGAAUACAUAUAAUUUAAGGACAGCAUGGGAUCUUUGGUCCAUCUAGGCCAUCCCAUCCACUAAACUAGACUUUGGAAUAAAAAUAAGACACUCAAAACCAGCCCUUAUCAUUCAAAUAUUUAUCAAGUCCUCCCUUUAACUAUCUUAAACCACAAUCUUUAACCAUCCUGUAAGAAAAAUAAGACUGUCUUAGUUGAAGGUGACUUCUACCCUGCCAAAAUUUAUAUUUUUGUCCUCUUGUCUUACCAUUCUCACUAUUAGAUACAAAAAAAGGUGUUGCAUCAAUACUAUCAGUUCCCCUAACAAUUUUAAACACCUCGAAUUAAUCCAGUUUGACUCAAUUUCAUUUAUAACAACCCUCUGCUUUCUUCCAUCCAGCCAGUUUUCUAUUCAGUGAACUGACCUAUCCCCCACAUAUACACAGAUAUUUUUUUAGUAAGCUUUUAUGUGGCAUCUUGUUAAAUGCUUUCUGAAAAUUCGGGUAGUAAAUAUUAACCUCUUUGAAGAAUGUCAAAAGAUUAAUAAGGAGAGAUUUUCCCAUAGUGAAAUCAUACUGACUAACCAACAAAAUGUUUUGUUAAAUCACUUUGCAAGACAGCUUUUAUCAGGCUUUCAAAACUUUUCCCACCACUAAUGUAAAACUAAUAGAUUUAUAAUUACUGGGACACUUUUUAUCACCUAUUUGGAAAGAGGAGUAUCAUUCACCAACGUCCAGUAUUCUAGCAUCUGCCCACUCUUCAGUGAUUUACAAAAAAAUAGUAAUAAGUGGCUCAUAUAGCUAAUCCUUAUCCUCAUUCAAAACCCUUGGGAAAAUAUUAUCUGCCUUAGGAACUUUAUCAUUCUUUAAAUUUUCCAAUUUUUUCUUAAUGAGCUUAGAAUUAAUUUAAUCAUCUUGUUUCGUUUUGUUUCCAUCUAGCAACUGUUUAGGAUGAAAAAUAUUGGAGAAAUUUUCAUUUGUAAAAGUUAAAGAAAAAAGUAAAAUUUAAUACCCUAUACAUCUCAUUUUAAUCAGAUAUUAGCUUUCCUGUAUCAUCCUUCUAAGAUCCUACUCCCAUCCUAACAUUUUGCUUACCCUUAAUGUAUUUAAAGAAAUCCUCACUUACUGAUUCUUACAUUUUC